AUGAGCAUAUUUGGAUUCAAAAAACCCAAACAUCAAACCCAAAACUCAAAUCAAAAUCAGAAUAAACAAUCACUAAUAUCAACAAUCUACAAUUAUGCAUUUGGAGAACAAGAUAACUUUGACGAAGAUGCAGAUGAUGAUGAAUUUUUAAAUCAAUAUGAAACAUCACAAGAAUAUCAAUCACAAGAAGAACAACUCACUCCUAUAAAAACUCCACAAGUGAAGAUUUUGAAACUUAAUAAUACUCCAGUUUUAGUUAAAAGUAGACAAUCUCCUUUAAUUAAUUCAUCUAAAAUAUUGAAACCAAGAGUUAAAUCAUUGAAGAGAGAAAGUAUUUUAAAACGUCAUUUGAAUGAAAUUAAUACGUCUUUUAAAAAUGAUUCCGAUUUGGAUGUAAGUAGAGAAAUUAGUGACAAUGAAUUGGAUGGAAACAAAAGUAAAUUAUCAAGUAGUAAAAAUGAAAAAGUAUUAAAUUCUCCACCUGAAAAAUCAAACUUAUCAAAACCUACAACUAAAUCAACUCAAUCAACCAAGAAACCUAUUGCAUUAACUCAAACUUCUGAAGAAUCUACUGCAUCAACUCCGUCUAAAAAGUCAAAAGUAUUAACCAAAAAUGAGAAAGCCGAAUCAAAAGCGACAGCAACGCCAAAACAAUCAGUAGCAGAACUGAAAUCAACACCAUUGAAGAAAAACAAUGUUAAUAAAUCAAAGACAACUAGUCUAAAAAAAUCAAAUUUACCAACCACAACAAUUUCCAAAGUUCCAAGCACUCAAGCUACCUCGACACCUUCGGAAACACAACCAAAAGUCAACCCAACCAUCAAAAAACCGUCACCACAAGAUAUUUAUAACUUAAUGCAUAAAGUUGGAUCAAUCCCACCAACUAGAACUAAUAAACUUAUAGAUUUAGCUCCCAAGUUUUCUGAUAAUACAAAUUCGAAUAAUGUAUCAGGUCCUGCAAUUUCAUCAAAUAAAACUUCAAUCGAACUGACUUCAAUUGAACCAAUACCAUAUAAAUCAAAACCAACAAGUUCAACUCCAAAAAAAUCUUCCUCAAUUAAAUUAAAGUACGGCAAAUCACAAACUCCCGUUGAAUCCUCUCCUCAAAUGUCAGAUCACUCACCUCAUUCAAUAAUAUUUGAUCAACUACAAAACUCAAGUAAAAUACAAACUCCAAAAAAACUACAACAACCUAGAGAAUCUCAACCACAAGCUAAAACUCAACCUCCACCAAAAAGAUCAAGAAGGGAAGUUCCAAGGAUCUCAGCAUCUCCAGAAGAUUCAAGUAAUGAUACCUCAAUGAAAACAGCUCCAAAUGAAGUACAAACUCCACAACCUAAAAGAGCUCAACCAAAAAGACCAAUUCCUUCAAAAACUCCACAAAAACUACAAGCCAAAAUUACAAAUUCAAAACCUACAACUAAAAGUAAAAAGAAGAAACAAGAAUCAUCACCCCCAUAUGAAAACGAUACAACUUCUACAAUUUUUAUAUCAUCUGAUUCAUCUACUUCAUCACUUGAUCAAACUUUGAAACAAUCACCAACUGCACAGAAUAUAGUAACUACACCAACUGAACAAAGUCCUGAAAAUUCACCAAUUGAAAAAGAUUUAGAAAAUGACAUUUUAUCAUUAGCAGGUCAUAAUGAAGAUCAAGAUGAACAAUUUUUCUCAACAAAAGAAUCCCCUGAAGAUGAAAUAGAUGAAGAUAUAGAAGCAGCUGUUGAAAAUGAAGUACUGAAUCAUUUCUUUUUAAAAACUAGAGAUUAUGAAAUAUCACAAUCACCAAUGCCUCAAACUCAUGUAUCAUCAAUCAAUCCUCAAUUAACUGAUAUUUCACAGUUCAAUCAUGAUGAAGAUGAUGAUCAACCACCAGUAUACACUACUUCUCAAGAAAAUCCAUUUUUGGAAACUCAUGAUUCAAUUAGUGACGAGGAAGAAGAAGUUAAAGGUGUAGCAUUAACAAGUCCGUUUGAAUCUAACCCAAAGCUUAAAGCCAAAUCAAUUAUUGAAUUACAAGAAGACUCACCUAAAAAGAGUAAAGGUUUAAGUCAAUUAUUCCAAAAGACAUAUAAGCAGACACCAUUACCUGCACCAAAACAAUCAUCAAAAUUAGACCAAGAAGAUGAAUCACUAAGUAGCUACGACCAUGAUACUGAACAAGCCCCAACUGCAUUCAUCAUAAUCCCAGCAGAUAAAGUUGAUGAUUACAAACCAAUUGAUCAUGCAACAAACCCAUUUUCACCAAAGCAAAGCAUAUUAUCACCAAGUAACAACACUAACAAAAUAAUUACACCAACAAUAUCAACUACUGCCAACUUAGUUACAUCGAAAUCGAGUUCAAUCGAACCAAAACACGUCUCAAUAGCGGAACAAAUAAAAAAAUUAAAUCAACUUCGUCAACAUAGCAAGAAAUCUCAAACUCCAGAGCUUAAUUCAUUACCUUUAAAUUUUGAUGGUGUUGUUGAAAAUUCACCAAAAUUAGGUAAAUCAUUUUCCAGAUUAUUAAAUAGGUCAAAAAUUGAGAAACCAAAUUCAAAAUUUUCAAGAACACUACCAGCGGGUAAAUCAACAACUAAACCGGAAGAUGCUUCAUCUCCCAAGCAAACAGAGGUUAUGCAUCAACCAACUGAACCAAAUUAUACAUCAUCACCUAGAAAUCUUCUAGAGUUUGGAGAUGCUUCAAAUCUAGAAAAAACUAGCGUCGAUUUACCUUUAUACGAUACCAAAGAAUCAGAAAAUGAACAAGCUACAAAAACUAAGGAAGAUAACGAAGGUAAAGAAGUUGAACAAGAAGAUUCGAUAAUUUGCACACCAACAACAGUAAUAAUAGAAGAUGGUAUAAAAGGUAUAACUCAAUCAAUAACUCAAGUACCAAAACCUUUAAAUAAUACUGAAAUUUUAAAAAAUGAAUCUAAAAGUUUCCAAAAAGAUGGUACAAAAAAUGAUGAAAAUCAAGGUGAUCAAUUAGCUAAUGAUGAAGAUGAAAAUAUUGCUGAAGUUACAGAAGCUGAAUUUAGUCAUAAUGUUAUUGUAUCUGCAUAUGAAGAGGAUAGACAAAGAGCUUUAAAAUUACAACAACAACAAAAUCAAAAAGAAAAUGCAACUACAGAGUUAUCCCGUGAAAAAGAUAGGCAGAACUCUUUAAUGUUGUUACAACAGAUUCAAAAUGAGAGUGAAACUGAUGAUUUACUACUCGAAGAAGAUAGACGAAAAGCCUUGACUUUACAAAAACAAGUUCAAAAAGAUAGAGCUAAGGUUAGAACUUCACCAAGAAUUGAAAAUCUUACUAAUCCUAUCGAUGUACCAACUCAUAAAUUAGCGAGUGAGAAAAAUGAACAAGAAUUAGUACAGGAUUUGGAAGAGGACGAAAAUUCUUCGGAGAUAAUUAAUGUGUUAAAAAACCUACAAUCAGCUCCGAAGAAAAGAGUAUCAGAAGUACAAACCCCAAACACCAACAAAAGAAGAAAAAGAGUCAGUAUAAAAAGAGGUAAAUACAUUUCCAUCAUAAAUUCUUCAGAUGAUGAAGAUGACGCAGAUGAAAUAAUUGAAGAAGAUUUCACCAAUGUUGUUGAAGAAGAAAACAUAUCAGAUGGUUCAGAUGAUAUUUAUCAAGCUUGGAAUAGUGAUAGAGAAAUCCCAGAUGAAUCUGAAAUUUCAAUUCUGAGAAAUUCAAGUUUCGCAUCAUCUAUGAAUGAACAAAAGGAUAAUGAUAUGGUAACAUCAACUCAAGAAAAUUCAACCGAAAAAGAUCUGCUGGGUUUAAAUGCAAAUGAAACUCAAAUUAAUAAUUCAAUAGAAAGACCUUUGAGUCAAUGGGAAUUAAUUUAUAGAUCAAAUUCAUCAAUUGAAAAAUCUUCAUUAUCACAAAAUGGCAUAUUAGGAUCAAAGCAAAAUUCUCAAGAGAAACAAAGUUCAUUAAAUCAUGGCUUUACAACUCAUUCACAACCUGAACUUUGGCAUUCGAGAAGUUCACAACCCAAACCACAACCACCACAUUCUCAAGGUUUUAAAAUUUAUUCACAUCAAGAACUUUUAUCAUUAAGUCCCAACCAAAAAAAUUCAGUUGAAUUAUCGGAUCUUACAAAUAAUUUUACUCCAGGAACUAAAGGGGAUGUUCAAAUAGAUAAAACAAAUUCACAAAUAGAAUCAUCAAAAUCAAGCAAUACUAAUAAAACUCAAAACGAAAAAAUAAACUCAAGUCAAUCAAUCCACUCACCAGUAAACAAAAUCACAGAUAAAUUAGAAAAUAAUGAAGAACAACAAAAACCAACAACAACAACAGAAUUUAUGACAAAUAUACCACAUAUUGAUGGACCAAAUUCAGAUUCUCCAACGAAACCUCAAAAGGAAAAUUUCGUAACUUCAAAAAACAAGAGAAAACAAGCUCAACAAAGAAAGAAAUUUAGGUCAUUAAUUCGUGAAAAUGUAAUAUAA